AUGUACUCCUGCGCCAACUAUCCCCGCGGCUGCCGAGGCCGCGUCAACCGUCAAGGAGCCAAGUGCUCUGACUGUGUUACCCUCAACCUUCGACGACCGGCAUCGGCAUCCCCCUUUGCCCAACCGCGAGACUACAAGCGCGUACUGCCAUCAGAGCGCCUGAGCGCAGUCUUCAAGGCAGAGGACCUCGAGCUGUAA